AUGGACUGCCGCGCUGAUACGGCACUUUCUCUGCUCACGCUCAACCGCACCCACACUUGGCUUGGGCACAUAGCGACCGGGGAUGUGAAGUGGAUUUCCUAUUCUAACAUUCACCUGCGUGCCCAACGGGUUGACAAAGGUACGGAUGCAGACGACGUCCUUAAACUCGAAGUACAUGCCAAAAAGGUUAUGCUGUGCAUCUGGUGGAGCGUACACGGCGUCGAAUACUGGGAGCUGCUAGAUCAGGUAUAUACAGUGAUCGCAGACGUCUACAUUGAGCAAAUGAAGAAUUUGAAGACAAUUCUCGAAAGUGCACACCAGCAGCAGCGCGAAGUCUACUUCCAGUACGACAACGCUUGGUCGAGCAUUGCAAGAACGACCAAAGCCAAACUGAUGAAAUUCGGUUGGGCCAUUUUACCACACCCACCGUAUUCCCCAGACCUGGCUCCCUCGGAUUAUCACCUUUUUUCCUAUCUCCAACGUCAUCUGGAUGGUCAAGAAUUCCAAACCCGCGACGACAUCAAAAAGGCACUCGAGCAGUUCUUCAGGUAG